CACACGAAAGGAUAAGAAACGGAAGGUGGACAGGGCCGAAAUAGGACCUCUGGAAAGAUAUCUUGGUUUGUUCUUGUCCACUGCGUUUUUUAUUCUUUCAUGUGUGCAUAUGAAAAUUUUGUACAUUACGAUUUAUACUGAAUUCCUGAAACGGCGAGCAUCUAGCGGCAUUUAUUAGUAAUAAAUACACCAAACCUUACUUAUAGCAUGUAAAGUACAAACCGUUAUAUCAUUAAAACAGCCUGCUGGGGUCCUUAACACAAAUCCAGUAACUUUACACUGCAGGGAUUUCCUUUCGUUUUAGGAGGAGGCUUCAUUGGAGACGGUGCGCACUGAAAACUGUGAAACCGCCCAAAGAGAGAGCUUGCCAGAUGAAACUUCUCCAGAUGACUCCUCUCCAGAUGUACCAUUGGUAGGCAUCGAGCCCUUUGAGCUGCCUUCGUGUUCAGACGACGAUGGGAACACCUUCAUUUUCCCCAAGCUUGGAGCUCUCCAUGAUACGAUCAUCUCUGGCAAACCUCUGACAUCUUCAUCAUUCCGAAAGAUUGUGGAGCUCCUCUUUCGCGCAAUGGUGAACAUAACAGUGAUCCCAUCUCAGCACUUUUACUCCAAGGUCACUCAGCUACUAACUGACAAGUACCCUCAGCUCCAAGAUGUUAUAGGAACUGGAUCAGACUCGUGGAGAGUAGCACUGCGGUACAAGUUCAAAAAUGAAAGACGUCGCCUUUCAGACGACGUCCGGGUUGCUGAAAACCGUGCAAAAUUUGGAUCAAAAAGACCAAAUGAUGGAGGUGCAGCCACACAGCUGAAGCGGCAAAAAAAGAUUAAGCUGAACAUCACUGCUUCGGCUUUGGCUGGAGAGGACGAAGCCAGCCUGAUCGCCCAUGAGGAAUGGCUUAUACGAGAAGGACGAAAGGCAGCUCCUGAUGAAAAAGGAAUCCAUGAAAGGAUGACUCUCACUGCGAGGAAGAGGCUCUCUGACAUGGCACAAAUGGGCAUUGAUGCUGUUAGGACAAGGUACCCAUACCUGAUGGACUCUCAGCGAUUCGCUAAAGAUUUCGAGAGGCUCACGAAGAUGAACCUGGCCGACAAAGUCGCAAAAGGGAUUGACAAGAUCGUUCUGUUGGCCACAAAGAAGGCGAUCGACUGCCAGGAGCAUGUCCUACUUACACUGCAAGCAGCACCGCACAUGGAUCUGGGGAGGCUCAGGACACGGCACAUCCUGACUGUUGCAACUCUGCGCAUUUUGGCACUGAACGUCAAGGAGUCAACAUCACUGCCCCUAAUGUUCGUGCAAGAAGAUGAUGAAAACAUCCCACCGACACCGUGUGUCCUGUACAGCGGGCAAGACUUAGAGGAUGCAGACUUCUUUCACCUGGUUGUUGAUCGUGAGAGGUUGUUCUCCGUUCCAAAUGCUGAGGAGGGGCUGUGUAUGUUGUUGGCAGCCUAUUGGUUGUUCAGUAUACAAUAUGAACGGAAGGCCUUCAACAUGCUCGUCACUCUGGAGAGGCUUUUUCUCGGCAUGAGCCACACAACUCCAAGGGCAGUGGUAAUUAAAUUUUUAAACAAAGUUUGCAGGCACGUGCAUGGUUGAAGCAAUGAUUUGUGCUUCAACCACACGCGCAUUAACUGCUUCGUUACGGUUCAGUUUGAGCUUUUUCUUUUUUUUUUUUUUUUUUUUACGGUGUUAGUUUGCAGGCUCUGUAAAAAUGGAUGUCCACCCACGGGACAGUGGGGCUUUACAGUUCAAGUAAGGAAAAUGAACACAUAUUUUAUUCAACAUUUUAUAAGUUAAUUUUUACAAAAUAGGUUUUGGGAAGAAUAGCAAAACUGGA